AUGAGCUUCUACCCCAAUCAAUCUACAUCCGUGAUCAUCCCAGCGGAUGUGGAACAUAUACACACAAGUCGUCUCUGGCCCAAAGUCCCCCACAAAGACAUAUCAGAGUCCGAGGCUAUCAUUACCAAAAAGACAUUCACAACACCGGAUGCGUCAGGAGCCGUUGGGCGGAAAUUCUUCUUCGCCAUUAUCCGCUCCGAGGAUUCAUCACGAACGGUUAUCGGGGGAGCAGGAAUCAAUGCUCUUAGCCCAGCCCCGUCAGUGGGGUACAAUGUACAUCCUGACUUCUGGGGAAAGGGUUAUGCCACCGAGGCAGUUGCUGGUAUUAUAGAUGCAUGGUGGAAGCUUGACAGAAUGGAGUUUGACGGGACGGGAUCAGAUUUGGGAAAGGAGAAGCUGUUUGCGGCGUGCAAUGGGGCGAAUAUUGGCAGUGUGAAGGUGCUGCAGAAGACUGGAUUUAGUAUCUAUCGCGAGGAGUCGAUCGAGGGUGACGUGGACACUGACUAUGAUGUCUUUGACACCUUGAUUGCAUCUUGGUUUGCCAUGCUCGAUUUUCUCAAUGGGGGGCCCACUAAAAUACAGCAAAAGCAAAUCAAUACUGGUUUUAUCUCUCUGAAAUCUGAUAUUAACCAAGUGUUUGAAGCCAUGAAGUAUGUCUCUUUGAAGGAAGAUGGCGAGGAAGACGUUGAGAGGAACCGUGAAGAAGAUGGCGAGAAAGAGGAAGAGGGAGAGGAAGGGGAGGAAUGA